GGGUGGGUUUGCCGCGAUUUGGUCGUCUCUUGGUCUCGCUGUUUCGUCCUGGGCUUUCAGAACGGCUGGAGGAAGGCGGCCGGCGAUUGCACCGGCUCCAACCAACGAGGCGAUGUCGGCAGCGCUGGUCAGGAAGGGGCUCGAGUUGAUGAGCCAGGAUUUGAGAGAUAAAGGGAGGAGCAGGAAGGCUAUUCCCAGACACUCAUCUAGCACUGACCGUUUGCACCUAGUUAAUACAAACGAGAAAGGAACAAAAAAGCAAUUAAAGAGCCUGCAGGGACGAGGGAAGAACAAGAGCAAAGCGACUGUCAAGGGCAAGGUUGUUAAAUCAGCAUUAGAGGAGUAUUGGAAGAAAAAGGCUGCAGAUCACACAGAGGAAAAUCUCCAGUACAUGCUCAGUGCUAGGUUCCUUACUGAGAGCAAUGUGACUAAAAAGGUCUUGAAUUACAGUCAAGGAAGGAAAGCAAAGGAUCGCCCUGAGAAAAAGGAAGUGAAGAAGGAAAAGAAGAGCAUAUUCACAGAGAGUGACUUUAAAAAGUUUGAGAGAGAGUAUUUUGGGGCACCUUAACCUUGACUUUUGGUGAAAAGAGUGGACAAGCAGACUUCAGUUGUUGGGGGGACAGAUCAGACUACGACAUCAUGAACCCUGUAAGCAAUGCCUACCUCAAGUCUUAAUCAUGAAGACUGUCCUGAGGACUGAUCAUCCGUUUGUGAGAGCAAGAGAGACCGCGCAAGGAGAGAAAAUCCAGUUCAUCCCAAGUUUGAGACCUGCCAGCAUUUGGUAGUCAUUUAUUUAGUCGUUAAAACCUUGCGUUCUCCUUUUCUGUGUUUCAUGUCAAUAUGCAAACAUUUGUGUUAAGCAAAGAGUAAACCUUGCAUUGUACCAGAUUACUUGCGCGCAUUACUAGAAUGCUAUGUCUAACACUAUGUCUCCCAGACUUUCUCCCACUGAGAGUACAGGAUCUUGUUUGAUAGGGAGCUCAGUUGUUCUAACUCAGUUGAAGCUUCUUGCUGCCAAACAGCUCACAACCCCACUUAGGGUUGCAAGUCCCAUUUGAGAAACCCUGGUUUGACAAGCAGCACCAUUUAUGUAAUCUUUAGCUCCCAGUCACAUCACGGUUUUUAUUCAUGGAACGGGAACACUCAGAUAUUUUCACACUUUCUCUUCCAGUCCACCACAAACCAUCCUAAAGAGGACAGCCAUCUUGCUGGUUUAUCCAGGCAGGUAGACCAGGAUGCUAAAUUUCAAGCCUAGUCUUUGCUGAUCUCUGGGGUCGCUACCAUUCACUGUGUUGCCCCUGGCACUAAAGUUCCUGCUGUUUAGCACUAUGAGAUAAACACAUGGGAUAAUGCCUACAUGUGAACAUCAAGUAUUGAUGAAAUUGGGCAGAAUCGUGACCCCUGUCUCUUCUGCAUGAUCUUCACACUCCUUGUUAAGACUAAUUCCUGAAGAAUGUUAAUGUGAGUGAGAUGGAAUAAAGACUUUGACUGAACAAUUAAUGACACCCCAAUCCCUGCCCCUGCAUCUUCCCUCUCCUUGUUAAACUUACAGUUUCUUCAAAACAGGAAGUAUAAACUUCAGAAAACAACUCACAUCUCAUUUAUUCUGACUAUUGUACUUUUGAUCAAUACCUCACAUAAGAUUGAAACCAUGGUUAAUUUCACCCCUGUUAUCCUCUUUAUUCUUUCAUGGGAUAUGGUAUUGCUGGCCCAUUCCUAAUUGCCCUAGAACUGAGGGCGGUUAAGAGUCUACCACAAUAAUCCCUGCUUAAUGUGCUGGGGUCCUGGGUUCAAUCCCCACCUUGGCAGCUGGUGGAGUUUAAAUGUAAUGGAUGAAUAAAUCUGGAAUAUAAAGCUAGUUUUAGUAGCAGUGACCAUGCAACUAUAAUCUGUUAUGAAAAGAUGCCUAGUUCACUAAUGUUAUGGAGGAAGGAGACCUGCCCUCUGAAACAGUUUAGCAAGCCACUCAGUUCAAAGGCAACUGGGGAUGUGCAGUAAAUGCUGGCAUGGCCGGUGAGAUCAAUAUCCCAUGAAAGAAUAAAUAAAAAGAUUGCCCCCAGCAGCUGCUGUCACCAGUGAGCUACACUGUGUUGUUACACAGAUCAGAGUUAAUUCUUGCUAAUAAACCUUAUCUCUAGCCUCACUUGAGUCACAGCAUUCUGGGUUCAAGUCUGAUCACGACCUGAAAGCAGAGAUCAGGGCUGACACUCCAGUGCAGUAUUGAGGGGAGGCUACGCUCAUACAGCUGCCUUCCUUCAAAUGUGAUGUGCUCCUGCACAAUCAGUUCAAUAUAAAAUAGGCCGUAGCACCAUGUUGAAGAGGAGAAGGGAGUCAUUCCUCAUUAAUUGGACAAUAUUUAUCAAGCAAUUAAUGUCUCAAAAACAAAAUAGACGAUCUGAUUGUUAUUACCCUGUUGUUCAUGGGAGCUGGCUGUGUGUAGAUUGGCUGACGUGUUUUCAGCAAUAUGACAGUGACUAAGAAUCUUUAGCGGUUGUGAACAGUGCUAAGUAAAUGCAAGUCAGUUUUUCCUGUUUGUGAAGCUGGAUUUUUUUAAAAAUCUAGAUUGAGGUAAUGUGAUAUGAAAGUUAAUAUACACCCACCACUGAAUUUAGAUUUAACAUGAAACCAUAGCUGCUGACACAUCUUUGGCUUGCAUUGUAAAUGUAUUUCAUUUUCCCUCCCAUCUCUCUAGACUUUUAAGCCCCAGUUUGUGAUGGGAGACGCAGGGCAAAGCAUGUGUGAGAAUGCCUUCUCUCGAGAACAGUCAGGAUCUAAUUACAACAUGUAAAAGGCAUCUGGAUGGGUACACAAAUAGGAAGGGUUUGGAGGGAUAUGGGCCAAAUGCUGUCAAAUGGGACUAGAUUAAUUUAGGUAUAUCUGAUCAGCAUGAAUGAGUUGGACCAAAGGGCCAGUUUCCAUGCUGAAUAGCUCUAUGACUUUGGCUACAGUCACACAACCUUUAGUGACUGCAGUACCUGCAAGAGUUCCACAUCAUCACAAAAAUAAAAUCAGUGAAACCCCACAAAAGAAUUCAGGAAAACCUGAUUAUUAGAAAUCCACCUUCCAUUUCCUACAUCUAUCACUUGGGAUAUUUCUGUUGUAGCCCUGUUUUCAUCCAGAGUAUCAGAAAAAGCAAGUUGUGUUACUGCUUCAGGAGGAUCUCUUCCACCUGCCCACGAACUUCUAAUUGAGUUCACCCCAAGACACUAUGUGACCAUAAAUGUAGGACCAAGAGUAAGCCAUUCAGUUCAUGAAGUCUCCUGUUCCUUUUGUUGAGAUCAGUGAGUCCAGCAGUGCUUUUUAAAACUGCCAUUUGCUUUGCAAUUCCUGUUGCACUAAAUGGACUUAAGCUCUGUAUAGAGACUGGAGCAUUUUCAUUUAUAUGUAUGGAAUUGAUUAUUGUGAGGAUCUUGAUUAGUAGAUAAUUGAAUGCAUGCUAGUUAAAAUGUGGAAAAAAAAAUUAAAAGGGCUUAUGGAAUGCUAGUUUUCAUUACAAAGAACCUAGGACAAAGAGAGUGGAGUCACUGUACAGUUGUAUAGCAUUAGAGUCCUUCUGGAAUUGUGAGUGGUUUUAGGACUGUCACUUCAGGAGGACUUUGGAGUUCAUUGCAGAUUUAUCAGAAUGCUAUCAGGGUGAACAAGUUAAAAUUAUAAUAAAGUUGUGUAGUUUGAGCUUGUGUUCCCCCAAGUCUAGAUCAAGGGGUGAUCUCAUUGAGGUUUUUAGCAUUAAAGGAUUUUGAAGUGA